CGGGGCGGUGCGCGCAUGCCCGCCCGGCGCAGCCCCGGCGCGGCACGCGCCUCCCCCUGGGCCGGGCGGUGCGCGGCGAGCAGCGGGAACACCAUGGAGGCCGCGCCGCAGCCCCGGCCCCGGCCCGGCGGGGCCGCCGCCGCCCCGCCGCCGCCCCCGGAGCAGGAGCGGAAGCUGGAGCAGGAGAAGCUGUCGGGGGUGGUGAAGAGCGUCCACCGGCGGCUGCGCAAGAAGUACCGGGAAGUGGGAGACUUUGAUAAGAUCUGGCGUGAGCACUGUGAGGAUGAGGAAACUCUGUGUGAAUAUGCUGUGGCAAUGAAAAACCUUGCAGAUAAUCACUGGGCAAAAACUUGUGAAGGAGAAGGCCGAAUUGAAUGGUGUUGCAGUGUAUGCCGAGAAUAUUUUCAGAAUGGUGGAAAAAGAAAAGCACUUGAGAAAGAUGAAAAAAGAGCACUUCUUGCUUCUAAAACCACUCCAGCUUUAAAUGUUCCUCAGACUCCCAAGAUUGAAAAUCCUUUGCCAAACUUUGGCUUGACAAAUCAUGAAGCUGUGACAGAAGAGUUCCUUCACUCCUUGGCAAAGAUCAGAUUACUUGAUGUUGGUAGCUGCUUUAAUCCAUUUCUGAAGUUUGAAGAAUUUCUGACAGUUGGCAUAGACAUUGUUCCAGCUGUUGAGAGCGUAUACAAAUGUGACUUCCUAAAUCUUCAAAUUCAGCAACCUCUUCAACUGGCACAAGAUGCUAUUGAUGCCUUUCUUAAGCAACUGAAAAAUCCCAUUGAUUCUCUGCCUGGAGAACUGUUCCAUGUUGUCGUUUUCUCGCUCCUCCUUUCCUACUUUCCAUCGCCCUAUCAACGAUGGAUAUGCUGCAAGAAGGCACAUGAACUUCUCGUAUUGAAUGGCUUAUUGCUUGUAAUAACUCCUGAUUCAUCUCAUCAGAACCGCCGGGCCAUGAUGAUGAAAAGCUGGAAAAUUGCCAUCGAGUCCUUGGGUUUUAAACGCUUCAAGUAUUCCAAGUUUUCUCACAUGCACCUGAUGGCAUUUAGGAAAACUUCCCUGCAAACAACAAGUGACUUAGUUAGCAGGAACUACCCAGGGAUGUUGUACAUCCCACAGGAUUUCAACAGUAUAGAGGAUGAGGAGUAUUCCAGCACUGCCUGCUAUGUUCGGUCAGACACAGAAGAUGAACAGCUAGCUUACGGUUUUAUGGAGCUGCCUGAUGCUCCCUAUGACUCAGACUCUGGAGAAAGCCAGUCUAGCUCUAUUCCUUUCUAUGAGCUGGAAGAUCCUAUAUUGCUUCUAAGUUAAUGUAGUCGUUGAAAUGCCCUUUCAGUCAAACCUCUUGCUUAACUAAUUUUGCUAUACUAACGUGGGCUCAACACAGAAAAAUGGUUUGCAUAAAGAAAAUGCAAAGGUUUACAGAGUUUGCUAUUUUUUUCUACUUUUGAAUUUUAAAAUUUAUUCUUGUAUGAAAGUGAAAAAAAUACAAGUUUUAUGCAAAUGACUCGUGUCAUAGCAUAAAUUGCUGUUACUUUCUUUAGAUUUGUAUCACUAUUUUUUUUUCCAGAAAGGUACCAUUCUUUUCUUUAGUGCUGUGAAGCGUGAAUUCUAUUUAAUUUGUUAAAUGUUGUUUCAGUAUUUUAACUCAGUGUGGUUGAGCUUAAGGCACUGGAGUUGGUGGGCUUCUGAGAAGUAUAUGUAGGAAGAAAUAAUUUGCACUUUAAUUAAAUGUGCAGAUAGGUUAAGACACUUGGUUACAAAUGUCCUUUCUUAAUUAUGGAACAAAACUUUUUUUCUUCCAAAAUUUGUUUCACUCUGGUAAAGCCUGGGCUGGAGAAACAAUAAUGCUUGCACAUUUGAUUUUUAUGUUUAUUGCAGCCCUUGUGACAUGACACCAAAACACUGGAAUAUAUUCAUCCAUAAUUCUACAUACUGUGUAAUUUCAUUGCAUAAAUAGCAGUUUCUGAAGAGCUUUUUCCCCAGAGGAGUAUGGUACGUCUAGACAAUUAUGUUUCACUUCAAAGCUGGAAUAUGAUUUGCAGUUUUAUGAAUAUACAAGCACUAAUGUAUAUCAGUAUUUCCCCAACUAUGGUGUUCUGUAUUCUUUUCCAACUGUGUUUUUUGGGGGACAGAGUGAGUUUUGUCAUGUUUUAAAGUAAAUUAUUUAUGCAUUUUAAAAAGAAACAACUUUUUCAUUAAUUGUCCUUAUUUGUAGACCUAAGUUAGCCAGUGACUACAAACUGAUUUUGUAAGAAGGAACAUAACUGUACAGGUUUUUCACGGAUACACAUAUUUGCAUAAAGCCAUGUAAUUCAGACCACACAUGUGAAUUUAACACAUGCAUUUUCUUUGUUUAUUAGGACCCAGCUGACUUCUGUUCAGUUAAAUGAAAACUCCAUAGCUGAGUGAAAACUGGUCUGCACUGUAAAGAGAUUAAACAUCUAUUUUUACAUCUAUUAAGUUUUUAACUUGUGUAAUGAAUCUGUGAGUUUUUGCAAGAAAAAUCAAUUCUGUUCAGUGGUUAAAAAAGAGGAUUCAUUAUUAGUUUGCUUAGAUUUUCCUCUAUUUAAAAAUAAUGGCUAGAAUUUUCAGAUUUGGAUAUUAGGCCCUUAAAUCUAUAAGUGCCUAGUAGUAAAUGAUUAGAACUGGGUGCCAGAUCAUGAUUUAUUUUGGACGUUUGAAAAUUGGUCAAAAAUAUUAAUACAGUUUCACAGGUUAUUGUGAUGAAAUACCUUACAAGAUUAAAUAUCUUACAUUAAACUGCCACACUGUAUUUAUAAUAUGAAAGUUGCUGGAUAAAUUGAAGUUGUAGUGUGGAUUUUACAGUGCUUGCCACAAAAAUGAAAUGUACUCCUUCCAUUGAAGUUUUGCACUGAAUGUGUCAGUUUGUCCUACCUGUUUUUCUUUUAUAGUAUUUCCUACAUAGAGUAAUCACAUUGGUCCAGCUGACACUCAGAUGUGAUCUGGACUGUGGUGCUGUAUUCUUUAACAUAAGCUUUUUGUGUCUCUUCUUAACUUUAAAGCAUUCCCAAAUUCCUAAUUCAAAUUUGUUAAAGAAAAAAAGAAUUAAGGUUAGACAUACAAGAGUCAUGGUUCACACUUGCUAAUUUUUGUUAGAGAGAAUACUUCUCUAAUGAAAUACACAAUGGCUUCAAAAUCGGCUUUUAGUCAGUAUUUUCAUUAAAAUGUUUGUCAUUGAAAGCCUUUCUUCCCAAUUAACCACUGAUUCCAGCAGUGCCGAUGUUAAAAUACUGCUGCUGUAAAUUCAGCUGUUUAUGGGAGGUUAAUAAGAGCAUUUUUCAAAGUAUACAUAAUAUGUUAACUGAUACUCGAUUUAGAAGCUAGUACACCAUCAAACAUGUGUUGGCGUUGAUUACUGUAAAUUGGUUUGUGAUUCAUACACAAAGAAAUGCAAUUCAGAUUAAGAUUUAUCCCCCAAAAUAGCUUAAAUACUAAGAUUGAAAGUUUAAUCCUUUUUGGGAGGUUGGUGACAACACUGUAGUUUGGGGACCUGAGAUUCAUAACAGCUUGGUUUUCUUGCUGAUCAUCCUGAAUGCCCAAAGUGGGUUUAUUGGUUAUUUGGUUUUGUGGAGUUAUUUUCAUUUUUGGUUUGGUUUGUAUUGGUUUUUUUUUCACAAGGGACAGUAGAUUGUGGUGAAGAAGGAAAGUGUGAUUUACAUAAAUACUUACAUCUCCCUUAAUAAUAAAGUGGUGAUAUCAGGAGUUGUUGUAUAUUUGGCUUUGGUGCAAGAAUAUUAUUUCUAGGUUAUGAAAUAUUUGAAAAUUAUGACUGUGCAAGGUGCUGGAGAAGAAAAGGAAGAAAAUAUGUGUUGGCAUCUCUGUUGUCUUUUAUGUCACUACUUUUGUGAACAAAGCACAUUUAUUAAAAAAAAUCUGAAAAACUGGAAA